AUGGAUUACCAUCCUGGUGGUGCAUCCCGAACUCCUCAAACCGUCAUCGAUUUGAACGGGGCUGCUUCAACUCUAAACGAGUUUGGUUUCUAUGAUUCGGGUAACUACAAUGUCAACGCCGCGGCACAGCCGAAUGCUUCAGGUUAUGACAUGGGUUCAUCAGCAUUACCAUCUGGUAACAUCUCAUCCUCGGCAUACUCUCGAGCGCAGCUAGGAUCAGCUGGACGCUUGCUUGAAAGCAAAGGAUUUGGUUGGCUUUUAGAAGUAGAAGAUGAAGACGAUACUCAGACACCAUUAUUAGAAGAACUUGACAUCGAUCUGACGGACAUAUACUACAAAAUUCGCUGCAUUCUUCUUCCAUUACCAUACUUCCGAAUGAAGCUCAACAUAGUCCGUGAAUCGCCAGAUUUUUGGGGACCCCUCAUGGUGGUAAUCGCCUACGCGUUGCUGUCCAUAUAUGGCCAGUUUAGUGUAAGUUCGGUCGUGUCAUGGAUAUUGACAAUGUGGUUCUGCGGUGGCUUCAUAGUUUACUUUAUUGCUCGAGCACUUGGUGGUGAUGUCGGAUAUUCCCAGGUUCUUGGUGUCGUCGGAUACUGCUUGAUCCCCCUGGUUGUCACAGGAGCGCUAAUGACACUUGUUACCAGGUUCAGGACGUUGUCGUUAGGUCUAGGCAUAUUUGGAGUUAUUUGGAGUGUCUAUAGCGCUGGCACUUUGUUAUGCGUUGACGAAUUGCAAUCAAAAAAGCCACUGGUUCUGUAUCCUGUAUUUUUGUUAUACGUAUAUUUCUUCUCACUAUAUUCGGGCGUUUAGUUGUUAGUCUAAUAAUCUUUGCUCAGUGGUACAGUUUUGAUUCUGGCUGCUAAGUUCAAAGCAUAUAUGUCUCAUUGUCAGUACACCGUUUUCUCUAUCAAUUUUGUGACAAACAUUUUAUUUAAAAGUUUAAUCAAAUCUGAUGACGCAUGUGCCAACAAAUAAUUUGAGUCUACAACGAUCACCUUUUGUACUAUGUGUUCUCUACUGUUUGUACAUAGUAGAUUUCUGGAG